AUGGUGUUGGUGUCUCUUGCUGUACAACACUCCAUUGUGCCACAGUCUCCAGAAUUUGUGAGGGUCAGAUCCUAUGAAUCCCAAAUGGUUAUCCGUCCCCACAAGUCAUAUGAUGAGAAUAGCUUUGACUACUUGUUGACAUACAGUGACAAUCCCCAGACUGUGUUUCCUCGCUAUUGUGUUAGUUGGAUGGUUUCCAGCGGCAUGCCAGAUUUCCUGGAAAAGCUUCACAUAGCCACUCUGAAAGCCAAGAACAUGGAGAUCAAAGUGAAGGACUACAUCUCGGCUAAGCCUCUAGAAAUGAACAGUGAGGCCAAGGCCACUUCCCAGUCCUCUGAGCAGAAGACUGGGGGUAGGCAUAGCCCUGCUCAGAUUGAAUAUGCCUGA